AAAAUGGAAGAAAAACUUUUGACCUGCAUUUAACUUUCGCGUAACAGCGGCAGACUGCGCCCCCUGGAGUCCCAGCAUCUGUAUGUGCCCGGAAAGAGAGGGAAACAGCUGGAGGUUUCAGCUGUCACCGUCUGUGUCCCUCCGUCAGGGCGUUGCAAGCUUUACCAAACAGGAGGGAGCCAGGCCAAGUUGUCCUUUUCUCAUUAUUUGGCGGACUAAUGUUUAACCUGUCGUAGAUAUGGAUUUCGACGCUUUAUUUAACGAGAAUACAUUUCAGUUCUCGGAUUUCCAAGAGUUCACGUUUCUUCCUGGACACCAGAAAUUGACCGAAAGAGUGAGAAAGCGAUUAUAUUAUGGCCUGGACAAUGAUGUUUCUUUAGAUGCCCUUUCCUGCCCUGUUACAGAUAUUGCCGUCGAAAUCUUCCAAAAGUCUGCCCCAAGCCCAAUACGAAAGCUCCAGAAGAAGUAUGCUGCCCAUGUUGCCAGGGAGGCCUGCAUUUCUCCGUGUGCCAUGAUGCUGGCUCUUGUUUACAUAGAAAGGCUUAGACAUAGAAACCCUGAAUACCUCCAAAAGAUCUCCUCCUCUGACCUCUUCUUAAUCUCCAUGAUGGUUGCCAGCAAGUACCUGUAUGAUGAAGGUGAAGAAGAGGAGGUGUUCAAUGAUGAAUGGGGAGCAGCUGGGAAGUUGGAUGUCAAAACUGUCAACAACCUGGAGAUGAACUUCUUGAACGCCAUUGAGUGGAGCCUCUUCGCUGACCCGAAUGACUUCUUUGAUUUACUAAGUCAACUGGAGACCAGCAUUGCGGAGCGGCAGGGGAUGAAACGCGGCUGGUUCACCUACACUGACCUCUGUGUGCUGCUAGAGCACUCUGUAUGGAGUCAAGCCCUCACAGCCAUCUACCAGCACUUUACUAAGGUAUCCUGUAUGCUUGGCCUGGUCUAUCUAACCAGUGUGGCUGGCCUUAUUGCCACCAGUGCUGUGAUUCACCAGCUCAGUCUCUCUAGAGGAGGCCAGUCUCUUCUUCCGCCAGAUGAGAUCAGCCUGACCCACUUUUUGGCUUCCAACCUGAGUCCAGAAACCUCUUCCUCAGCCCGCCGCCUCCCUUGUUGUGUUCUGGCCAACAAGAGUGUUAACCGUCAGACUGGCUCACCUGGAAGCAGGCAACACCACAGUCAAAGGCCUCCAUCGUCUUCCACACAAACAUCUGUAUUGUGUCUCUGGGGUUCCCUGCUUGCCUCGAUGGGUCAUAUACAUCCUGAAACGAAACCUGAUGUGGAAGCCUCCCAGACCUGGUCUCCUGUGUCCUUCAUCUGUCCUGGCUGUCUCGCAACACUCCCUCCUCUUGCUUGCGGGCUUCGAAACACCUCAUCAGUCCUCCCUCACGGCCCCUUUGAAAACCAUCAGCCUCAUUUGUCGUGGUUCUCCUCCAGCCUCCUCGGUGCUACCAAGCCAAGUGUGGACUCUCAUCUAGAUAUUUUUCCUCCUGUACAGCUGCGACCUUGCCACCCAAAGUCUAUGCUGCCAGUUGACAAAGUCCAAGCUCUGCUUAUGCCUGGCUAGAAAUGGCAGAGCUAUUCAUCCUGUAGUAAUGGACUCUGGAAAUGAAACCAGCAUUGUUGUUGUCACUCAUCUACUGCUUCAAGGCUUGUUUUUUUUUUUUUA